GCUCUCUCCACGCCCCCGUGCUCGCUCCCAGGACAGUCCCAUCAGCUAGGCAGGCCAGUCCCCCCGCCGCCCCCACCCCUCCCGCUCGCCGGAGGCCCCGGCCGGCGGCGAUGGGGCACGGCGCCAGCUGCGGCCGCCCCAGCGAGGAGGUCGACUUCUUCGGCGCCGCGCAGUCGGGCGACCUCGACCGCCUGGCCGCCGCCCUCCGCUCCCGCCCGUCGCUGCUCGCCCGCAGCACGCUCUUCGACCGCCUCUCCGCGCUGCAUAUCGCCGCCGCGCACGGCCACCUCCAGGUGGUCUCGCUGGCAUUGGAUCUUUGCGUGCACCCGGACGUCGUUAACCGCCACAAGCAGACGGCGCUGAUGCUUGCGGCGAUGCACGGGAAGACGGACUGCGUCCGGCGGCUGCUCGACGCCGGCGCCAAUAUCGUGAUGUUCGAUUCGUCGCACGGGCGGACGUGCCUGCACUACGCGGCGUACUACGGCCACGCCGACUGCCUCCGGACCAUCCUCUCGGCGGCCAAGUCGGCGCCGGUGUCGGAAUCCUGGGGGUUCGCGCGCUUCGUGAACGUGCGGGACGACACCGGGGCGACGCCGCUGCACCUCGCGGCGAGGCAGGGCUGGCGGCGCUGCGUCCACGUCCUGCUCGAGAACGGCGCCAUCGUGUCCGCCUCCAGUGGCGCCUUCGGAUUCCCCGGGAGCACGCCGCUGCAUUUGGCCGCGCGCGGCGGCAACCUCGACUGCGUCCGGCAACUCCUCUCCUGGGGCGCCGACCGCCUCCAGCGAGACUCCGUCGGGAGAAUUCCGUACGAGGUUGCCGUGAAGCGAGGGCACGUCGCGUGCGCGGCGCUGCUGAACCCGUCGUCCGCGGAGCCCCUGGUGUGGCCGUCCGCGCUCAAGUUCAUCAGCGAGCUCGAACCCAACGCCAAGUCCCUGCUCGAAGCGGCGCUGAUGGAGGCCAAUAGGGAGAGGGAGAGGAGGAUCCUGAAGGGGACCAAGAACGCAUUGCCGUCGCCGUCGCGUUCCGAUGACGCCGCCAUAGCUGAGGCUAGCGACGCGGAGGUGUGCAGCAUCUGCUUCGAGCAGGCGUGCAGCAUCGAGGUCCGGGAGUGCGGGCACCAGAUGUGCGCGGCGUGCACGCUGGCGCUGUGCUGCCACGCCAAGCCCAACCCGGCGACGCAGUCCCAGCUGCUGCCGACCUGCCCCUUCUGCCGCGGCGGCAUCGCGGCGCUGGUGGUGGCAACGCGGGCGCCGGCCGGCGGCGACGACGAGGAGGGGAGCAGACUGGAGUCGCCCAGGCACCGGCGGUCGCGCCGGGCCAUGAACCUCAGCGGCGACGCCGGCAGCACCAGCAGCCUCAUGGGCAGCAUCGCCUCGUCCAUCGGCAAGAUGGGCCGCCGGCGAACGGAUAGCAGCGAGCAGGUCGACGACAAGCCGUAGCAAAGCAUUCUUUGCUCCUUCACGGAGUCCAUCCAUCCAGAUGAAACCAGUGCAUAUAUGAUCGUCGUCGUCAUCCUCGCCGCCGCCAUCGAUCAUGGAACGAACAAGCCGUUGUUUUUGUAGAUUAUUUUUGGCAAAUGAGUUAUUCACCUGUGAAGAUUCAUUCGAGGGAUCCAGUGCUGUAGAUCCGAUCGAUCAUCCGAAUAAGCAGCCAGUCCGUCCGUCCUUGCCUCGCA